AUGGUGAGUUCGACAGGAAAUUAAUCAAAAAUGGAAACUGCCCCAAAAAAAUUUCAAUAUCCAAAAGUGUAAUAUAAAUAUAUCAUGAAUAAAAUUAUAUUGGUUAGUUGGCUCACUUUUUUGUGAGGCAAAAAAAAUAAAAGCGAAAUUUUUUUGGAAUAAAUUUUGGAAGCUAUUCAUAUUUGUUGAAGGGAGAAAGAAAAUAAAAGAAUGUCGAGUAUGAUGGUGAGUUUUUUGAUUUGGAAAUUGAAGAUUUUUCAGAGUUUUUAUAAAGCUAAGAACUGAAAAAGGUUUUUUAUUCUGAAAAUAAUAUCCAGAAAUCCACGUAUUUUUACUUUUGCCAGUAAUUUUGAAAUAUAACUCGUAUUUUUCUGAAGAUGUACUUUCAAACGAUUUUUUUGAGUUAUUUCUGGCGCAAUUUUUGUAGCUACAGAAAUGGUGUCAACAAGAAGUGUAACCGUAAUAUUGUAACACAGGAUUUGUCUGGAAGUUCUUGUAAUUUUUAACAAAACAAAUAUCGGAAUUAUAAUUACAAUUGUCAGUAAAUCUUGGAAGUGUAGCAAAAAAGUCAUUUCUAUCCUGCUUUACUAAAUCAGUCGAAUCAUCCAUAAAUAUUAGAUUAAAAUUAGGUUCUAGAUUAAUUAAAUUUUCGAAAUAUUCGGAUUUUAAAAAAUCCGAAAAUUUUCUGCAUUUUCUAGAAGUAAAUAAAAAAUGGCCAUCGCUUUUUAGCGCAAUUUGUGCAAAAGACACCUCAUGUUAAACUUUUUUCUGGUACAAAUCUCAUCACCACAAAACAACUAAAGUUCGUCAACCUAAUUUUCGAAUUCCACAGAUCCUUUCUCUUUUUCUUCUAUCUUUCUCGCCUUCCAAUUUGGAGUCCCAAAACCCACUAAAAACACUUGAAAAGCUGUGAAAAUUGAAUUUGUUGUUUGUUUUUUUCUACUGAAAUUUUCAACCAAAAAAAGUAGAAAAUAACAACUUCCGUUAUUCCAUUGUGUGUGGUGCUGCAAGAAAAAGCGAAAAAUUAGAAAUUCAAUUCAUCAAAAAAUCCAAUUUCGCGUUCGCUACUGAAAUAUAAAAAAUAUUCGAAAUAUUCCACUAAAAUUUGAAAAAUGUCGUUUCGCAGACAACCAUCUUUGCGUCAAAAAACCGGGGUAAGUUUUUGAACUUUUUUCUUCUUUGUCUUCUAGAUUGUCACAAAAGAAUGUCAGUUUCAUAGCUGACUGCAUAUAUAAAAAAUACCCAUGCAUUUGACAUGUAUUUUCUAUCGCCUAUCCUCCUUCCAAUUUAUUUAUUGCUUGCUUUUUUUCUUCUUUUUUAAGAGCUAGAUUUCUCAUCCCUCACAUCAAGUCUCCCUAUCCUAAUUGUUGUUGUUUUAUUUACUAGAAUAAAAAAUUCAAAAAACAAAAGGCCUCAGGCAAAAUAUCUAGUUGACUUUUUGAAUUACUUAUGUAUGUACAAAAGAAUUUCUCGAAAUAUGAACUUUUUCUGUUGUUUUGAAAGUCGCUCGGACACCAAAUAAUAAUUAUUUUAAAGCUGUAUUUUACCAGAAAAACAUUGGCAAAAUAUUUAUUUAAAAAACCAGAAUGGUUUUUAGGUUUAGAAAAAAGAGUUGGAAUUGUUUGAAAAUAAUCUUCAUCAAAUUUUUAUUAAACUUUAAUUUUCUCAAAGAUGUUUGUGAAAAAUAUUUGAGGUUUUUGAAAAAAAAACUACCAAAAUUAGAAAUUUUUUGGAAAUUUGUGGACCAUAGAAUUUUUCGGAAUAGCUCUCUAAAAUUUAGAGUCUAAAUUACUGAAAAAUUAAAUUCGUUCAAGAUUCACCAGCACUAUUUUCCAAAAAAAAUAAAUCCUAGAAUUUCCCAUAUUUUGUGUCUGCAAAAAAAAUCAGAAAAAAAUCCCAAGGGUUAAAUUAUUCUUGUUUUUGAGGGUGGUUGGUGUCAAACAAUUAAUUUUCUUUCUUUUGCUUUUUUCUCUUCCUCUUUACAAAAAAAAUAGGAAAACUUGUAGUGUUUUUUUAUUCGACAACAAAAACCUAAUUAACCUAUUCAUGAAGAACUUUUCUUUAUUUUUUUUUCUUAUUGCAUCUAUCCAUAUUUUUAUCCCCAUAUAAAAAUUCUUUCAACACAAAGAAUUUUUCAUCAGAAGAAAAAUGAAAAAAAUGAGAAAAAUCUCCGCCUAUGCAUGCAUAUGAUUCAAUUCCUUCUCUUCUUCUUCUUAUUCUACCAAUUUGUUGAGGAAAAUGAGCACCACAAAAAUUUGCUUCACUUUUUCCCGGCAAAAAAUUCAAUUUUCUAACUCACUCACUCAUUCAGAUUUUUCUCUCCGCGCGAUUUUUGGCGCCAAACUUUUAGGGGGAUUACUGUAGUUCUAGCUACGUCACAAAAGUUCACUAGAAGACUCUUCUAAUCCGUGACCAAGGAUAAUCCCCAUUGAAAAUUAGUUUUUGCAUAAUUUUUUUGGCUUUACAUUUUUUUCUUGUUGGAUGAAUAGUAGUAGUUCUUUGGAUUUCUCAGAUUUUUCAAGAUAAAAAUAACAGUAGGCAAACAUUUCUAGAACGUAUAGGAGAAUAUUUCAGAUUUUUAGAAGCCUUGGAAAAAAUCUAGAAGUGUCAGAAAAUUUUUCUGAAAGUUAGAAGAAUCCCAGAUAGUCUAGAAAAUAUUCUGCAAUUUUUAAAAAGCUGGAAGAUCAGUAAGAUUUAUCUCAUUCCAAAAAUACAUUCUUUAAGAAUCUCUCCCCCAAAAAUUGGCUCAAUUCCAGAAUUAAAUUAAAUUAUCUGUCGCCUUCUCUAUGUCUCUCGUUUUUUGACACAAAUCCAAUUAAUAUAUCCGCAAAUAAAAAAAGUCGAAGAAUUUUUCGCUUUCUUCGUUUUAUUUUUAUUCUAGAUGUGAGCCAAAGAUAACCUUGCUCCAAAAAAAGACAACUUUUUGAAACUUAAAUAGAUCAAUAAGUUAUUUUUUUUAGGACGUAAUGUUGAACAUUUUGAUGUCAAUGACGAAAGAGGGAUCUUCGGAUGGGCCUCAAUUUAUUGCACCAGCAAAAACGAGUCGAGAUACUUUGAUUACUACAGCUUAUCGACUUCAUAGAACUCGUUGGAGGAUUCUAGAUCCUUACAGGUAAGAAAUUCGGAACUAUUGGUGAAAUUAAGAACUUACUUUAAAAUUUGUUGAAGUUCUCCAAAAAUACCACUUUUUUAAAUUCCAAAUAAUUAUCGGUAAACAGAAGUUUAAAAAAAACCAAAUUCAGAAAAUGAAAAAAAAAAUGAGAAACCAAAAAAAAAUAAUUCAGACGCUUGAAAAACGCACUGAAAAAAUUGCAAGAAGAUUAUUUGAAAUCAAAAGAAGCAAACGCAUUGAUGAGAUAUGUUAAACUUGGUCAAAGCGUUCGAGAAGUUGCACUUUUGGAGAAUCAAAAUUGGAGAUUGUUAAAUAUCCCAGCACAAGAUGUUAAUGAGGAUUGUAAUUGUUAUGUUGUAAAGUUAGUUUUUUUUGGGAAUGGGAAAAAAGAAAGAGGAGGUUCCCCGAGCCAAAUUUUUAAAGUUUUUUUAGUUAUGGUCCCUCAUUGAAAAUUUGUCAAAGUUGAACCUCGUUCCCACAUUUUUUAAACGAUUUUUGGAUGAAUUUUCGAAUUUUGGCAAAUUAUUAGCAGAAAAUAGGCCAAGUUAGGCACCCUCUUUAUAUUUUUCAAAAAAUAAUUAGGCCCUUCACUCCUAUUCUGGGGACCCAUUUUAUGUAUGAUUCAGACUUUUCUUUAAAAAAUUCACCAAAGAUUUUCGACUGACAUUCCUUUUUUCUCCCUUAUUAUCCAAAAAAUAUCCCGAAAACCCAUCUAAAACUUACAGAAUCGUUGAACUUCUCGAGGAUACACCCACACAACUUCCACCAACUCGCGGAAUUGGAGCACUUCUUCAAUCAACCAUCGGAAAACCAGCUGAAUCGAAUGUUGACACGGCGCUUUAUGAUUCUAUAAAAUGUCGAAAAAGUGAUGAAUUGGUUAAAGACUGUGAAACAAUGUAUAAUUCAUUGUUUCGAUUAACAAAAAAAUAUUUGGGACUUCGAAGAUUAAUCAAGGUUUGUCAAUUAAUUAAGGUAUUUUCUAGGAAAAUAAUAAUGAUGUUUAGGAACUUCACGAUAAAUAUGAAACAACUCGAAUGUUUCCAAUUGUUCCGAGAUAUGCUAUGUUGAAGAAAAUGAUAAAAGCAACUCUUCGAGCUCCAGAAUUUGCUGAUAUUUGUCACGAGCAAACGGAAUAA